AUGUUCAGAGCAGAUUUUUCUGAAAUAAUAAUUGAUCUAGAUGAAGAAACAAAGAUUCGCAAAGUUGUGAGAGAGCUAAUAACAAGUUGGAUUAUAAUAAGCAUAUUGCGAACCUCUUCUCUGCGGGUAGCACUAAUAGAAUAUGAUAUUAUCGACGAACCAGUAAUAGAAGAAGAUAUGUUGAGAGAAAAUAAGAUUGAUGAAGCUUGGGAGAUAUUCUUAAGUUUAACUGGGUAUACAGCAAUAACGUUAAAUACAAUGGGAGAGUUUGUAUGCAAUACUACACAUUAUUUAAAAAUUCAACCACAUAUUAUCGUUUCGGCUCCAAAAUCUCCUCUUUUUGCGGAGGAAAAUUGGGAAUGGAUCAGGAUCGGUAAUAUAGUCAUGAAGAAGAUUAUGAUUGUCUCAAACUUAACAUCAGUCCAGGAAUCAUACAAGAAAAAUGUGUGUCAUCAUCCACCAUCAUUUUUAGGAAAUUUUUAUAGAUUGUUUACUGUUGGAACCGCAAAUCUAAAUGAUAAUGUAUAUGUUCAUGUCGAGCGAACACCAAAUUGUCCAAAUUUUAAUUUGUUAAUUUAA